GCAAAGUUAUUAAAGGGGGAUGUUAGCUUAGCCUUCCUCUCAGUUCACAGAUCCCACAGAGAACAGCAGAGGAGUGGACCACGCUGGUGAAUUGUUUUAUUCCAACUUGCUGGGGAUCUGAUCUUACUGGACUGCAUUCCUCCUCUGCCUGCUUAUACUUUAUAUCUGCAGUCUGUUCUUGGCAAUAGAAGUGACCCUUUGGAAAGUACAGUGAGCCUGUGAACAUAGGGAUACCAUCGAAACAGAUAGUAAUCUCCAGCGGAAGGAAAGACCAUGCUUGGCACAAUCACAUUAACGGGUAAGAGCCGUGCUAUUGCAUAGGGUGUGUGAUCACAGGGGAGACAUGUAGUAGGCAGAGAGCAAUGCGUGCACUGUUUAGCUGUCAUAGCCUGUAAGUGGGGACGAGGUAAUUAGUUCUAGAAUCUUGUAUAAAGGAUGUAUGAGAAAGUGAUUAAUGAAGCCAUGCCCAGUAAUGCCCCCUAAGAGAUACCGUAUCCUUUAACCUUCUCACUGCCGUGGGAGCAUGGGCCUACAGCUCUAUCCUCAAUACAGCAACUCUGUCAGAACUGACUUGCACUAUUUGUUUUAUAGUUUGUUUCAAAGGAGUUGUGUUGUACUAUAUUUGUGUUUGUUCGAACCCCGUCAUGUGUUGUCCGUUUGUAAUGAAGGUGGGGUUGGUAUAGCAGAGUUAUACAGUGCUCAUUGAUAACUGAGUGAAUUCACAAUGUACUGUAUACAUUGCCGUCUGUGGAUUCUGGGACUUUCUUACUGUAUUUCCGUUAUAUGUUCUGUUAUCUGUGUAUAGUGUAUUCCAAUGGUGGAAUGCUAGGACUCGUAGUAUAUGGAAAAGGUGUGUCUGCAUCAUAAUACCCUAUGUUAUGGGAGUGCUGAAAGUCAGCGUGCACACACUAUGGCCAUUGCUUUCUCCUUGCCUUGUAUGGGAUUGCAAUGCUCCUGCAAUGUAUGUGGGAUUGAAGUGCUCCUGCAAUGUAUGUGGGAUUGCACUGCUCCUGCUAUGUAUGUGGGAUUGCACUGUAUGCUGCCAUGUAUGUGGGAUUGCACUGCAUCCUGCCAUGUUUGUGGGAUUGCACUGUAUCCUGCCAUGUAUGUGGGAUUGCACUGCAUCUACAAUGUAUGUGGGAUUGUAGUGCUCCUGCCAUGUAUGUGGGAUUGCACUGCAUCUACAAUGUAUGUGGGAUUGUAGUGCUCCUGCAAUGUAUAUGGGAUUGUAGUGCUCCUGCCAUGGAUGUGGGAUUGUAGUGCUCCUGCAAUGUAUAUGGGAUUGCACUACUUCUGCCAUGUAUGUGGGAUUGCACUGCAUCCUGCCAUGUAUGUGGGAUUGCACUGCAUCCUGCCAUGUAUGUGGGAUUGCACUGCAUCAUGCCAUGUAUGUGGGAUUGCACUGCAUCUACAAUGUAUGUGGGAUUGUAGUGCUCCUGCCAUGGAUGUGGGAUAGCACUGCUUCUGCAGUGCAUGUGGGAUUGCAGUGCUCCUGCCGUGUAUAUGGGAAUGCAGUGCUCCUGCCGUGUAUAUAGGAUCGCAGUGCAGUCUGCCAUGCAUGUGAAUUUGCAUGAGAUUGCAGGGCAUCCUGCCAUAUAUAUAGGGAUUGCAGUUUGCAGUGCACCCUGACAUGUUUAUGGUGUUGCAGUGCUUCCUGCUAAUUAUAUGGGGCUUCAGUGGCUUCUACCAUUUUUAUAUUAUUAUUAUUAUUAUUAUUAGCCUUUAUGUAGUGACAACAUAUUCCACAGAGCUUUCCAAUUAUAGAAAUGGGAUAUUUGACAAGUAAUGACAUACAAAAUUUCUCACAGACAAAAGGUAAAAAAGGUACCGCUCAAACAAGAUUACUAUCUAUGUAUAUAUGUAUAUUAGUAGUAUUAUUUUAUUUCUAUAGCUUCAGCAAAUUUCGUAGCACUGUAUAUGGGGAUGUUACAUGGAUGUAGGAACUGGGUGGGGGUGUUGGUUGGAUGGGGACAAAUAACCCCUAAGAAAAUGUUCUGUAGAUUUUAGAAUCUUAUGUUUCACUUUUUAAGAAAGAUAGGAAAAACUAAAAUAUGUUAAGAGUUUGUAAGCCUACUUAUAAAUUUGCUAGUGAUGUAUCAUUUUGUCUGUAGAAAACUUGUAGCUGGGGUUAUUAUGUAAGGCUGUCCCCUCCCAGAUUGCCUGUGCUUAUUAAACACCCAUGGAUUAUAAUGCCCCCUAGUUGUGGGGUUACUGUUCUCCUUGCCAUAGUUGUCAUUGCAGUACCUCUUUCCCCCUCUAUGCAAUUGCAAUGUCUUUCCUCAUGAAUGUGGCAAUUGAAGGGGUAUGUUCUAUUUAUGUGGGGUAGAUGUGAAACCUGCUAUGUUUAUUCUGGAUGUUGUAAAGCAAUAUUAGGACAUACAGUGCUUUUCACACUUCACUCAGCUUGAAUUGGAAGUGCAAUAAAUUGCAUUUUAAGAUUGUGCCUUUUAAUUGUACAAAUAUUUUACACAAUGCAAUUUAAAUGUAAUAUGUAACACAAAUAAAAGUCACAAGUGUUUCCAAAUGUCAUCACCAUAUGACCUCAUUCCCUUAGCAUUUCUUAAACUGGAAUUCUUAUUUUACAUUUUAUUGUGUUUCAAACUUCACUUUGCACUUCAUGUAUAAUUAAUGAUAUCUGUGUUUAUUCUCAUAUAAAAGGUUUAUUUAUAUGUAGAGACAGUACAUUAUUAAUACCUCUUAGUAGAAAACAUUAUUUUAGAGCUAACUUACUCAUCAGGAAAAAUACUUAAAGGUAAUUAAUUUAGGGUUUUGGUAGUUUGUUAAUUAUGUUUACAUAUACAUUAUGUUUGACCUUAGUGAUUUUAGUUCAGUGCUGCUGUUGUAGCAUGGUUUGGAUAAUGGUAAUAUUGUUCAUAAAAUUAGUGUGUAUGAAUGAUUGCUGACUCAUUCUAGCACUUUUUCACUGCAAUUCCAUUAUUAUUAUUAAUAUUGGCAUCAUCUCAUUUUUAUAAUGCAAAUCAGCUCUUCUGUCAAUGACAUUUUUAAUAUGUGGCUUCCAAUAUAACUGUUAGGCAAGCCUUCUGUAACAAGACAGAUACAUUUGUAAGUGAUCACAUUUCAGUUCCCAAGAGAGUUUGUCAUUCUUGGAUUAACCACUUAAUUCCCUGAGGCAACAUUUUUUUUUUCCUUUUUGUACACAUCCACAGGAGAAAAGCCAGAAAAUGCUGAGGUUUUUGUUAGUUACUUAACAGCAUAAUAGAAAACCAUCAAGCCACAGGGGGUGUAGUUAAAUUUCAGUCUACUAACCAGAGAAACUUGAUUAAAUAUUCCCUUCUCUGUGCGACUACUGAGACUGGCAGAUAAUUAGUCCAGUCCUAUUUAUCUGUGUUAUUGCAUCAGGCAAUGCAUUGUUUUAGAUGGGAAGAAAAAAAAGUUCAUUGUAGACCUAUAAAGCUGCAUUACAUUCUUGAAAAGAUUUUAGGGAAUAAGUAUUAAAAAGUCACUGUGGGGCAAUUACCGUAUAUAAAUGUUAAACAGUUACCAUUGAAUCCAUUGUAAUAUACUUGGUGAUUGCUCUGCUUUUAGAAAUUAGUUUCAGAAUUGUAUUCACUGUGAAACUUAAGUCCUUCCAAUUUGAAGUACAUUAAAAGAACAGCCCCGUAGUUUGCAGCAUUCAUAUGCUGCAGGAGGAAAAUCACUUUGCUGAUCAAUACUCUUGCUUUUGGUUUUAAUUUUUAUUAAUCAAUUUAUUUUCAUUUUCCAUUUAGUGCUCAUUGUGAUGUUGAAAUAAAAUGUCUGGGAAAUUAUGGUGAAUCUGCCAACCCUAGAUGUUUUGUUGGCUUAAGUAAUCCAUUUCAGUAGAAUGAGGCCCUCCGUGUGUGUGUCUAGCGAGAGUACUCUGAGAGUACUGUUUUUCUCCGAGUUUGGAAAAUAUUUCUACCCUAUUUAUUUGUGUGGAUUACAUUUGCAACCAAUGUUAAGAAAUAAUUCUUUACAAAGGUAUGCAAUAAAUUAAGCAAACAAAAGAUACAUUUAUUAUUAACGAACUGUUAAUUUUGCUGGGGCAUUAUUUGGUCCCCCGUUUAUCAUUUCUUGGCGACUUGCUCUGUUCUACUCAGAAUAUAUAAAAGCAGGCUAUUAUGCAAUUGACCGUUAAAAGUAGGAUAUUUUGUGAGCUUAGGUCCCUUAUUAGUAAAGCUGCAUUGCAUAUUUAUGUGUAGUCCAUUGUAUGGCUUGGAGAUUUUUCAUUCCUGGGACUUGUAGAAUUAACCCAUUGAGAUCAGUACUGUGGGCAGUGCUCUGGAAAGUGACACUCAGCUUGCAAACUUGGCAUUGAAUGGGUUAACAGGGUGGUUUCCUGGAAUGAGGGGAGAAUAUUAGAUUUCACAAGCCAAGCUCUAUAAUGAACUAGUUUGUCAGGAUGUAUUUUGAAUAAGCUUGUUCAGAUUAAAUUCUUAUGUAUUUUUUAAGGCUUAAAUUGCUGCUCUAUUGUUAAAGCCCAUUUAUAUUAUUUCAGCAAAUAACUAAUGCUUCAGAGACAUUCGGCUGACUGAUGUGGCAUAAUCGAUAUUCCCUAUUGAAAUUAAGUAUUUAAUAUUUGAGUGUCAGAGGGCGUGCCUCUCAAAGGGUGAAUUACUAAGUAGAAUAGUCACCAUGGCCACGUUUUACCACAAGGAGUUCCUAAGUUGUUACAUAAAGAGUGUCCCCAAUAGACGAUAGUAGUGGUGAUGAGCUGCAUUAGGAAAUUUGUUAAUUAUGACAAUGAUCCCAUAGAUACAGCCUCAUUUAAUUCCUUGAUUUCUUCUGGUAGUCUAGGAAUUCCACAAGCAGUCUGACAACCCUAUUCAUGUACCUCCCAACUGCAUGUGAAACCCAGUCUAGAGAAUGGAAAAUAUUGUAGAUGAGCUCCGUUUUGGUGGAUCUGAAAGCUGCACAGAAUUUUCAUGGACAGAGAAUCCUAUUUUAUAGUGAAUGCUAAAUCACUUUAUAUUGUGUUUUUGUGAGGUCCAAGUUGAAAUGAUGACGUCUGCCAAGUUGUGCAGCAGACUGUAUCAUGGAGGAUAGUAUUCUGCGAUGACAUGAAGUUUCCUUGGCUCUGUACAGUUAGAGCAUGUUCUGUUACAUCAUUCAGUAACACAAUGCAAUACUCUCCAUGGUCAGAAAGAUCUGCAUCCCAGGAAAAAUAUCACCAGUAGAAGUUGCUGAGGUUUAUUGGAGCUGGGUGUUUUAUGGGCAUUAAUAUUUUGGUAUGUUUUGUUUGUACUCUUGCAUGACACCAAGCAAGUACUGUGGAGGCAUGAAACACAUUAAGUGAUUCUGUUUUUUCUUUAUUGUGGUUUUUGUAUGUUUUAUAAAUUUUUGAAGCAUUAUUUUUUUCUAUGGAAUCAUUUGAUGACUGCACUAGUUUAUUUUUUGCUUCUCAGUGGUUGAGAUAUAGACAGAGUUGGGAUGUUGAUAAAAUGUUGUAAGAUAUCCCAGUAUAUUCCUCUGCGGUUUAUGAGAGGUGUGCUGUGACUAGUGUAGCCAUAUAUCCCAUGUUUGCCUGGAAACAUAUGUCUUAUUCAUGUUUGACUGUUGUCUUGCACUAAGUAGAAUGCUAAUGCUGUUGGUAGGAUAUUGAGUGAUAAAUCAAUCGAGAAUUCUGCAGCACAUGCAUUUUGGAUACUGAGGGUAGAACUCUUCAUGUGCUAUCCACAAAUAUGAACUAAUGUUUAGUGUCUAUAAAAACAGAUUGGUUUAUUCACUAAAUACAGAAUUGGAUUGAGAACCACUUUGCAAAAUUCAGAGUUAAACAGACAAGCACAGACUAUAGCUGAGUUGGAUAUUAUUUCCAAGUUAGUUUGUAUCCCAAAAGUUUAAAUUUUCAAAUUCACUACAAUUAAAAAUUUAGUGGAUACAACCCAUGUGGACUAUGGUAACUCUAGAUGUGUCCAAAUAUGCAUCUUGAGACUUGGUAAGGUUGAUAUAUGGUAGGAUCAGUUUAGUGUUUUGUUUUCCUUAACACAUCUUUCACCCUAGUUGGGCAAAUGUCAUGAUAUUUUGACAAUCCUAGAACAUCAUAAAGUAGUUAAAAGUGGCAAAUGCAAGAAACAAAUAAAUACGUAUACAAGAAAAUUAUAUAUUGAGCUCCAGAAUAAGAGUUCUUUCCCAGCUAAUUUACCAUUUGAACUAGCCAACACCAGAGGAGAGACCUGGCAACUUAUGAACAUGCAUUUGGCAAACUGCUCAAUUCUCCCUUAAUGAUGUCAUUAUUGGUUGAAUGGGGAACAUUAGAUAUAAAAUCACACAUUUUUAUGUGGGAUAAUGUUGAAAAUAGGGACAUACAUACUGAAAGUGAUUUCUGCCAUAUGUGUUAAAUAGUUGUCUAGAGCUGUUCAGGGUUUAUCAGUAAACUGCAUAGAACUGAGAAGGGAAUCGCAAACAUAAGGAAAAAUAGUCAAACUUGAAAAAUGUUGGCCUACAAUUUAAUGUUACCUUGUCAAUGCUCCACAUUUCCCUGUUUUGUAGGUGAAACGUAUAGACUUUUUCUACAUGCUGAUGUUUGGUGAGGGUGCGACCCUAUGUUGGAAUUUUAGUCUUCCAUUAAUGAGUCACUCCAUUCACCAUAUUAAAUUAAGCACAUUGCAUUGGUAAUGGUGACCUGUACCUACACAAACAAACAUAUUUGUAUCGUGCACACACAGCAUUGGUGCAUGGCGUUUAAGCUACUGUUCCCUCAUGUACACCCUCAUGUACAUGAGUAAUUGGCAGCUUGGGAGACUAUAUCAUGGUUAUUCUCUAGAGAAAGAAUUAUUAGGAACUCACAGUGGCUUUCAAAGUUAAGACCAAAAUAGCCAAGCUUGAAGUAUAAUUGACUUUUGACUUUAAAAUUAUCUUGAAUUCUCACUUUAAUGAAGAACCCUGCUAAUUUAUUUCCUUCCAAAAUGUAAUGAAAUGAUUAUUAUAUAUAUAUAUAUAGAGAGAGAGAUGACUGUUAUUCUUUAAGCUUGGAAUCAUUUAACUAGACAACUCUCAGUGACCAGAAUCCACAACACCAACCGAGGGGCCUGUCUUACUAGAAUCAUUGUCAUUGUACAAAAUGGAGCUUGGGAAACUAUAUCAAGGUUAUACUAUAAAGAGAGAAUUGUCUGGAAUUCAAAGUCAAUUUCAAACUUAAGGCCAAAAUAACCAAACAGGAAGUAUAACUGAGUUGGGGUAUUUCCAGCUCGGCUAUUCUUGCCUCAAAUUUGAAAUUCAGUUUAAAUUCCCUAUGAUUCUCACUGAAUGUGUUCACAAAAUUGUAGUAUGGGAGAGUAUUAGUGUAGUUAUAUUCUACUGGGGGGGAGACUACAUUUCUUUUGUUUAGGGAUUGUCAGACUCAUAGCCCAGAAUUAGACCAGAACUAUAGGAUCCUGAUUGGUGGAGCCUCUUCUUAGUCUGGGCAGACUUUGCUGCUGCUUGUCUGGGGAAAUUCAGCAAAAGCGGAGACUUUAAAGGUACCUUUUUAAUUGAUUUAAUUAAUUUAUUUUUGAGAUCCCCGUAGAAAGAAAAAGUAUAGUUAAAUGAUAAGCAAACCCAAGUCAAGUGACCAUUAAGCAACUGACAAGGAGCAACCAAGUGAGAUGGUCCAUGGGAAUGUAAAACAAGCAGAGAAAGGAGCAAUGUAAAACUUAGGAAUAUUAUCAAAUGCAAUAAACAAUAUAAUUCAUAAUAUAGAGUUGUUAUAAUUGUUACAAUAUUGAGUAGUCGCCCAAUUCGGGAGUGAAAAGGGAGAGGUAAGAAAAGGAAAAAAAGAGGAUAUCAGAAAUGUUAUUUUAUUUUUUAAUUAAAAUAAAUUAGGUUCAUAGUGCCGCUUUAAACUCACAUAUUUUGUCCUCUAUUUAUGGUGCCUACCUCUGAAAAGUUUAAAUGCUUGUAUAUGCCGAAGACCUGUGUAAAUGAGAAAAUCACCCAAAUAGUUGUAAAAAUGCAAUCCUUUUAGCAGGGGAAAUCACUGAGAAGUGUUAUAGCUGAGAGUGACUUGCUAACUAGCUUAGAUGCUUUUACAAGCUGUUUUUUGUUUAGUAGACGUAAACAACACAACAGACAAGGUAAACAUUCGUGAGCUUGCUUUGCAAUUCACAUACGAUUGCUCAUUAGAUUGCACUAUACUUGUGCAACAAAGUGAACCCAAAUCUUAUUUCAAGACUGGCUGACACCUAUCCAAAAUGUGUAUAUUGUACAUAAAGUAUCUCUUUUUUUCUUUUGUAUUGGAGGUUUGAAAAAAAAAUAUUCUGCACAGUAUAGAAGAGAUGCAUUUUUUUCUUCCAUUCUUGGAGUAUAUGGAACAAUACAAAAUGUUCUACCUAAGUUUUCAGAAGAAUCCAUACCAUAAAAGGAACAUGAGAAAGGUGUUGACUUUGUUUGUUUUCGGUCACUUCCAUGAUCAAUAAUUGAGUUUGCAAUCUAAAUAUUCUUUCUGUGUGUUUAUAUAUAAUUGUUUAAACAGCUGUCUUUCUUCCAGUUGUUCUUUGAGUGAUGGGUAGUUGGUCAUGAAACAUAUUAAAUCUUUUAUUUUUAGACAGCACAUAUCAUUGAAGAACAAAUAUAUUACCCAGGAUUUUUUGCAUUAUUAGAAACCCCCCAUCUCAUGUGACAUACCACAUUUCUGAAAUAACAUGUAAAACCCAACCCUGUUAGAGACUUCCAUCUGUUUUACUACAAAUCAUCCAAUAAAACUUGCUAGUGAUGAAUACACUACUUCCAUCACAUGUUAGAUAUGUGUAAUCCUUCUGAUUUCAAUUUGUCUUUAGUUUUUAUAUUUAAAAUUUGCUCCUCUUACAGUUUUGUUUUUUAAUGGCCAUGUUGGAGAAUGGGGUGGGUUAGGAAUGUUAUACCAUAUGGAGUCACAUGCAUCUUAGGCUUUUCUUACAAUCAGCUUUAUCAGUUUGCACAUCAAUAGCUAGUAGUUCAAGUUUGUCACAGUAUCUAUAGUACAUACACUUAACAUGCAUUAUACUGCUAGUACUCAUAUAUACACAUUUUAUGUACUGUAUGUGUACACUACUGACGCUAACACGGUACUUACUAAAGGGGAAAAUUCAAAGUGGAUUUCAAAUAUAAGGCCCGAGUAGUUGAACUGAAAGGAUAGCUGGCUUAGAUACUUUUUCUAUUUUUACCUUAAAUUUUGCUUCAGUUCAAAAUGUAGUGAGUAAAACUCAUAGCACUGAGAACCGGAAUUCGAUUUUUAAUUUAGUAUAGACUUGUGCACAAAUGUGCUUCAUGGUUGGUCAUACGAAUCAAAUUCCUUUUAAUCAAUACCUGAACAAAUCGCUUGUCAGUGCUUUCCCUGUGGAAUCUUAUUCAAUGAAUAGGACUCCACAGAUACACCCCAGACAGAUUGAUUCGUUUGGCUGUAGAUUGAAAAUAAUUUUAUUCGUAUGACUAACCUGAAAUGCUUUUGUGCAGAAGUCUAAUACAGGGAAGUACAGUUAACUUUUCUAACAUGCAGAGAUGUUUUGUUUUAUUUCACUUUGCGGUCAAAAUAAAUCUCUGUGUAGAAUGAUAGUAUUUGGUUCAUGUUCUGACCCAUCCCUUUCCUUUAACUAAUGCUUUUUUUUUAACAUCAUCAAAAUAAAGCACAGCAGUAAAGAAAACUCCUUUUGACACAAUGAAGAGAGGAAGAACUGCGAAGUUUGCAAAAUGUGGUCUGUGUAAAGUCUUUAAAGGGGUCUGGGGAGAGGAAGGUUGGGUGUGUACAUAGCAUAUCUGAUAAACAUAGAAUGUUGGGAAUUUCUGGAAAGCUUCCAGGCCAGCUCUAGAAAUCCCUAGAGAGCAUUGUCAACCAGCUCCAGAUGUUGACAAGGAUGACUUCAAGCACAUGGAGUGCUGUACAUUUAACCAUUAAAAGACUGAAACUGCAUAGGGAUCUUUCUGAUCUAGUUAUCUUAACACUUUUGCUUCCAUGGUCUUGUAAUGAAUCCUGAAAAUUUGCUUGAACAAAAAUGUAAUCAUAUUGUUAUGCAUCAUCACCUCUAGAUGCUUGUUCGAGCAAGGUCCUUAUUAACAUCUUGUUAAUAGAGGCUUUCUGGUUGCUAAUGGACUCGCCUAACUGAUGCUGGAUGUCCUCAUGCUCUGCAUGAGGUUGUCUAGCAUUUGAAAAAUCCCCCUAGGAAAGCAUUGAAGCAAUGCUUUCUUAUGGGUAGGGUCUAAUGUGCUUGCUGCGCAUGCGCUUAGCCCCUCUACCAGAUAAUGUCAGCGGAGUUGGAGUGCCAACCCAGACCUGAAGAACAUCGGUGCUGGAAUCGGCUAAGUGACUAAAGGGUUUUAAACCUUUAGCAGCCAAGGGAGGGUGGAAUCAGAGGGCUCUAUAGUUUUAGGAAAACAGAUUUGUAUUCCUAAUACUAUAGAAUCCCUUUAAUUUAUAAAACAGUCAUGCUGAUAUUAAGUAUUGUUUCCGAAAACUAUUUAUUUGAGCUUUUGGGAAUCAUUUCCAGUUGCUGAUGGCCAAUAUAUUUCUGCCCAAUAUAUUCUGAAAAUAGUUCAUACAACUAUAAUUUAAAGGCACACUCCAGGCACCCAGACCACUUCUGCCCAUUGGAGUUGUCUGGGUGCCAACUCCCUUAACCCUGCAAGUGUAAUUAUUGCAGUUUUCAUAAACUACAAUAUUUACCUUGCAGGGUUAACUCCUCCUCUACUGGCUGUCUACUAGACAGCCACUAGAGGGCACUUCCGUGUUUAUAGCACAUGAAAAGUGUGCUAUAACGGCGCUGGACGUCCUCAUGCUAUAUGAGGACCUCCAGCGUCGCUGAAAUCCCCAUAUGAAAGCAUUGAAAGCAUUUUUCAAUGCUUUCCUAUGGGGAGGUCCAAUGCGCGUGCUCAGCAUUGCCGCACAUGCGCAUUAGGUCUCCCCCGCCGGCGGCCGCGCAUACUCAAUAGGUCUCCCCCGCCGGAUGACGGCGGGGGGAGGAGCGUGGGCAGACCCUGAACCAGCGCUGAGGGACAUUGGCGCUGGAUACAGGUAAGUCACUGAAGGGGUUUUAACCCCUUCAGCAACUUGGGAUGGGGGGUGGGAGGGAGAGGGGACCUGCAGUGCCAGGGAAAUGGUUUGUUUUCCUGGCACUGGAGAGUCCCUUUAAAAUUAUGAUGCUAUCAACAUUUUAAAAUCUGUGAUCUCGAGCUGUUAAUGUUGCAUGAAGACUACUUUAAAGAGGAACUUUUCUCUAUGUGGGCAUUUUUAUAGCCAAAUGAUCCUUCCUUGCAACCUCCUGACUUUUUCUGCUGGCUCCAGCACUCUGGAAUCCCUGUAUUCAGUCUCAGGAUCCUAAUCUGUACAUGGCCCCCCAUCCCUCAGACUGAACACAGUGAGCUGUGCAUGGCCACGCCCCCUCAGACUGAACACAGUGAGCUGUGCAUGGCCACGCCCCCUCAGACUGAACACAGUGAUCUGUGCAUGGCCACGCCCCCUCAGACUGAACACAGUGAUCUGUGCAUGGCCACGCCCCCUCAGACUGAACAAAGUGAUCUGUGCAUGGCCCCGCCCCAGACUAGAUAUAGUGAUUGGUGCAUGGCCACGCCCCCUCAGACUGAACACAGUGAGCUGUGCUUGACCCAGUCACAAGACUGAACACAGUGAUGCUUUUUCUGGGGAGUAAUUACAGCAGCUACAGUGCAUAUGCUGUAGUUGCUCUGAUGGAGAGCAGGAGACCUGCCUAUAUGUAUCAUACCUGUCUAGGCUGUGAAUUGAUUGACAGGCGGAGGGAAGUACGAUAUUUCUAUUUAGGCAUUGAAAAUGUGUACAACUCGGCUCAAUGUAUAGAUUGCAUUGUUUUUCUUUCACUUCAGUUGAAGUUGUAUGUACUAUGACUAAUACACUUAAACCAUUUUGUUGGAUAAGAGUAGAAGAAAAAUGUUCUCUCUUAAAUGUGCGCUGUUCUUGUCAAUCAGCAAAUUCAACGACACCCAAAAUGGAAAGCUUGUUACUCUCUUUCUCCUUCAGUUUUCUGCUAUAAACCUUCCUUUGGUAUGUUAAGUCUUUUUUUAUGACAGAUCUGUUUGUUGAUACGAUGUUCACACUAAUACAAACUCCCUUUUAUACUUCCAUACUUGGAAUGGGUUCUUAUCUUGUUUGAUCUUAAUGACUACCAGACAUCAGUGGUAAUGUUUAUACACUCAUUGAACUUCUGCUACUGUUUAUACACAAAACACUGAUUAGCGCUUUGCGUGGUAUAUCCCAUUUGCCAAUGCAGAUACCAGAAACCUAACCUUAAAUCAAUUAGCUGCAAGAGUAGUCUCAGCCAUCUUAAGUUCGGUCUCCAGAUUUGCUUUGGAUUGUCAACAGGUGCCAAUUUUCUACCUGUUUCAGAGUGUUUACUAAUAAAAGCUGUUGGUGGUUGAGAGGGAAGAUUCUAGUGGUUACAGCUCCUUGCAGGUUUGUUUAGACAUUGUCAGGAAGGAAAGGGAAACUUUUUGGGGAAAUUAAAGGUUGGCUCUACUAGGACUUUUGUUGAUCUCUAAUUUUUGGUCAACUGUUUCAGGCAUCGGCACUGUUUGUAAUGUUAUUCUGAUGCUUGUUCACCACUGUACUGCCACCAGCCCAUUUAUUGAAUCCAGAAUCUACAAUCUGUCAAUGGUCAACUCAAAUAUUUGUUUAAAACAAUUCAGCUACAACUCACACUUACAAAGUUUCCAGAACUCCUUUGCAUCAGCCUCGUACAAUUGAAGCAGCCAGAGUGUUUUGUUUCAAUUCUAUAUUUUUUUCAGUCUUAAUUGUGAACAAUUUACUAUAUAAAACAACAUAUUAAUCUAAACCCAGGGGAAUAGGUCAUUGUGUAAAAUAUUUAUAUUAAGGACUUGACUUAUUUCAAUCAAGAACUAGAAAAAGUUUGGAGAUCAUAAUGCCCAUAUUUGUGCAUUCAUGCUGUAUUUCUGGCUAUGCCUGAAAUCUUAAUAAUGGGGAUUAGUAAGAAGUUGGGAAUACAGAGGCCACACAUUGUAAAAUGUGCACUUUUUGAUGGCAUGUGUGACCUUUUACAGACAUAGGUCAUUAUGAAAUGCAUCUCCACCUCUAUGAUAAUCACAGCCCCACCUGUGGUCACACUAGUUGCGAAAGUGAAUGAAGUCCACAGACAUCUGACACCCACAGAGAUAUCCUUUGAUUUUAAUUGUCACAGUAAAGCCCUGUUGGUGAAAUUAAAGUUGGGUUCAUCAUCAUCAAUACUUUUGCUUUUGCUGGACGUUGCUAUUUAAUUGCUAUUUAUUUUGAUGGAGCCAAGUUUUUGUUUCUUUGAUCUUGUCAAAAAAAGAAGCUAACUUUGUGAUCCAGAUACAUUUUGACUUGGGGAACAAACUCCAUUAUGGUAGUAAUUUUUGUUGUAUUUAAAGUAAACAAAUAAAAUAUAGAAAACAAAACAAAUGAAGCACACCACUAAGUUUCAGGUAAUGUAAACCUAAUGGUGCACAAGGGUUAGGGGGGGGCGACAUAAAAAUAAAUGGAAAAUGACAAGUGCAGAUGCCAAUCCCCUAUGUUUAUGCAUAAGUGUCUACGCUGGGGUAAAUUUCUCACAUUUCUGUACAGCAAACAUGGAAGGAUAUGGUACAACUACUCCACCGAAUUAAAAGAAUGAAGUUACAUUAGAAAUAUGAGGUCCUUAAAUACUCUGGGAGGACAUGGCCUUAUGUAAGGGGUAGAUAUAGUACUUGCAUAUUCUUGUGUGUUCCUAUGUACAGGAAGCCCCAAGGUGUAGGACUCUACAGGAACCAUACUUGCUAUGCGUGUGUUUCCAUAUCUGCUUUGUGGGUAAGAGGCAGCAUAAUCGUGCUGUAAAGUGGAAAAUCAAUCACGUCUUCUCAAGUUACAUAUUUUAUUUUAGGUUGACAUAUGUUUGCCAAAGUCUAAUUUAUCUAAAACAUUAUUCUAGAUAUAUAGAUAUAGGUGUUUGGGUCCUUUCUCCUUGUUGGUAUUUUGUUAUUCAAUACAGAUUAGUUUGUUAAAGGGUAACUCCAAGCAUCCCGCUGCAGUGGUUAUGAUGCCAGGAGUACCCUAGCCUUGUUCCCUUCUAAUGGGACAAACUGCUUAGUAAUUGACUGAUACAAUUAAAAUCAGCUAGUAGUAGGAACAUUAUCAAAUCGCAUGUCUCUGAAAGCUGCAAUAUUGUAGAAAUGUUGAAUCAGUUAAACACAAGUCACUGAUUACCUGUGAUUAUACUUCCACCUACUGGUUAUUAGCACUCGCUGUGCCAUCAUCUAGUUCAGGAGUAGGCAACCUUCGGCACUCCAGAUGUAGUUUCUAUUUGCUAUCUUAAAGGAGCACUGCACACACCUUACUUAACCUGUUUAACUUGCUGAAGUGCUUUAUGUGGGACGAGUGUCCUUUUAAAAAAACAAUUAAAAAUGGUAUUCUACAAAAAGUGCAGAUUUCAAUAGAAAUUGGCAGUUUUAUAAAUUAAUGUUAUUCCACAUCCUUGAGUGUCAAUCAGACAUGUCCCGUUACUUCCCGGUUUGUUUAACUCAGGGAAGCUAAACUCCAGAGGCAGCAAUUACCCAGAGCGCCUUCCUUGCUAAUAAUUCUCAUUGAGCUGCAUUGAAAAGUAUGUGAUUAGACAGCCACAGGAAAUCUGGCCUGGGAUAGAAGGGGAAGGCUUGCAAAGGCUGUCACAGGUGUCUGGGUACUAUAUGCUGUGUCCACCUGUUGCAGAGUAAAACUGAUUGGUUCUUCUUUCUAUUCUUCAAAUUAUGUUUUAAUCUUAGAAAUAUUGGAUGUGUUACUCUAGAUUCCCAGAGGCUGCAAAGAAAUGUGUUAAAUCCCAUGCUUUUCCCAUUCAUAAUUUAGUUACCAGAACAACCACAGCUUAUUGUAUUUGUUCCGGUGAGUAUAAUCAGUCCCUUUUUUGCAGUAAACACUGUCUUUUCAGAGAAAAGUGAGCAGCAGUGCCAUUCAGUGUCUCCACCCUCUGCAUGGAGACACUAAACUUUCCCCAUAGAAAUGCAUUGAUUCAAGACAUUUCUAUGAGGAUAUGCUGAUUGGCCAGGGCUGUGUAUGGCUUGUGCUGGCUUUGCCCCUGAUCUGCCUCCUUGACAAGCUCAGCUAAUCCAAUGCUUUCCUAUGUGAAAUCAUUGUGAUUGGCUCAGAACACCACUUCUGAUGAUGUCAGCCAAGCAGGCAGAUCAGGGGCAGUGUCAGCAGCAAACUGGAGUAAAGGUAAGAUGUUGCUAUAUUUAGGGAGGUCAGGGGGGCUACAUGGUAAUUUUAACACUAUAGGGUCAGGAAUAAAUGUUUGUGUUCCUGACCAUAUAGUGUUCCUUUAAAGGAUACAGUGCUACAUUUGGUUUGUUUUUAUGGUUGAUUUUAUGAAAUUAAAUUUUUAUGUAUAUGUAUUAAAUAAUAUAAAUUUUCUUGGAUUUUAGCCAAUUAUUUAUCCUUUAGCAGGCUGCUUUAUCAUUGUUUACUGCUGUACUACUUUAACAUGAGCAAGGGAAUGUUUAAUUCAGAAGAAUUUUGCAGACUACUAUCAUAAAAUCUUCACUACAUGACCUACUGGUAUAUUGUGUUGUGUGACAGUUUCUUUAUGGUUGUUUCUUAAAGUUAAUAAAAACUGAUUAUUUUUUAUUUAUAUAUUGUAGUUGAACAACAAGAACCUUCAAAUGGACUUCUGAACGAAGAGCCUGUUGAAAAUAUAGAAGUUACACCCAAUGAUGAAGCUUCUAAAGACAGUAUGGAACAAGAUGGUCUGGAAGAAGCUUCAGAAGCCAUCACUACAACAAUAGAUACAGAAGUUAAAGAAGAGUCACCAGAGCAAGCAAACGAAAACCAAUCUAAUGAAGUGGGGUUCAAAAAAGUGUUUAAAUUUGUUGGCUUUAAAUUUACUGUGAAAAAAGACAAGACCGAAAAGGCAGAUCCCGUGCAACUUGUGACUGUACAGAAAGAUGAAGUGGAAGUUAAUGGUGCAGAUAAUAAUGAAAAACAAAGCAGUUCCCCUGUUGAAGACAAACCAGUAGAAACACAAGAAACCAAAGAUGUAAAGCAAGAGUUAGAAAAGGCUGAUGUAGCCGUAGAAGAAAAUGACAGUCCAAAAGAAACUUUUGCUGAGAGCCCAACGACAGAGGACGAGCCCAAAGUUGAAAAGGAACAAAAAAAAUCUCCAGUGUCACCAGCAAAUCCAAUUGUUGCGGAAUCCUCUUCUCCGUUCAAGAGGUUUUUCACACAAGGUUGGGCAGGGCUGAGGAAAAAGACCAGUUUUAGAAAGUCAAAGGAGGAAGACCCCCAGGAGGUUGAGAAACACAUUGAGAGUGAACAAGAGGAUAAGGUUGAAGUUCAAGAUGUUGUUAAACAAGAGGAACCCAGUGAGAAAGAAGCAAUAAUUGAAGAUCAGUCUUUGCAAGAGAAAGCAGAGAAGUCUGAAAAUGAAGAAGUAAAUACAUUUAUUGAUGAGGAAAUUACAGCUUCUGUUGCAGAACAGUCACUGCCAGAUGAAUCCUUAUCUUCUAAACUAGAAGAGUUCAAAACUGCAGAUAAAGAAAAGGCAGAAGAUGCUGCACCUGUAACAGAAAGUGUUUUACCUGAAUCAGAAAAGACAGAAAAUGUUGUUGAUGUAGUUGUAGAAAUUGCUGCUCCAGUAUUGAAUGAGUUGAGUGAAAUAAUUACUCAAACUGAUGUUUCAGAGGAGAUAACUGCAAUUAAUAUAACGGAAAUCAGUUCUACUAGCCCACCAAGUUCAGACAAACCGCUGCAAGUUGUGGAAAUCCAUACUGAAACACUCGAAAAAGAUGUAAAAGGUGAAGAAGAUUUGACAGAGGAGCAAUCCCAGUUAGUUAUAAGUACUGAAUGUGUAGAACUGGAAAAAAGUCAGGAAGCUGUCAUUACAGAAGCAGAACUUUUGUCCUCACAAGAUAAAGCAAAACUUCAGGGUAGCCCCUUAAAAAAGCUAUUUAGUGGUUCUGGCUUGAGGAAACUAUCAGGAAAGAAAUAUAAAGGUAAAAAAGAGGAUGAUGCUAAAACAGAAGAUGUAGCCCAACAAGCAACUGUUUCAUCAGAAUCUCCUGAAGCUCCAGGUGCAGAUGGUGGAGAAAGCUCCCCCUCUUCUCCUGAUGAUUCAGGGGAGACCUCUCCUUCAGAAAAAAAUCCAGAAGAGACACAGCAGACCACUGAAACAGAAGGUGAAGGUGCCACAUCUGAUGGGGAAAGAAAAAAAGAUGGAAUUACACCAUGGGCUUCAUUUAAAAAGCUGGUCACUCCCAAGAAACGGCCAAAGAGGCCAUCAGAAAGUGAUAAAGAAGAUGACAUUGAAAAGGUUAAGAGCUCAACCAUGUCUUCCACUGAAAGUGCUGGUUAUGUUGACAAUCAAGAAGAAGUCAAAGAUAACAAUGAAGAGCAGAAACUUGAAAAGAGUACUGAGGAGAAUAAAAAGAAGGUUGACAGUUCUGUUUCAUGGGAGGCCUUAAUCUGUGUUGGCUCAUCGAAGAAAAGAGCUAGAAAGACUUCUGAUUCAGAAGAAGAAGCACCAAAUAACCUUGAAGAAAAUAAGAAAAUAGAGGAGGAUGUCGGAAAUGUUAAAGAGUUGGAUGCUGAUGGUCCUCAUGUAAGCUCCCAGGAAAAGGAACAAGACAGUUCAUCACCUGAUCAGGCCAACAGUCCUACGGAAGGUGAUGGGGUAUCAACAUGGCAAUCUUUUAAACGACUGGUGACACCAAGAAGAAAAUCAAAAUCCAGAGCUGAAGAUAAAAUUGAAGAACCUACUGUGACAUCCAGCAUGGAGCAGUCUACAUCAGAAGGGGAAGCAGGAAAAGAAGAGACAUGGGUAUCCUUAAAAAAAUUAAUUCCUGGACGUAAGAAGAAAAAAUCAGAUGGCAAACUCGACCAGGGUGCAAUAAAUGAAAGUGGGCAAGCAGUAAUUCAGUCAGAAAUGGUUGAAGAUGAUUUUGAUGAACCAGCUGUUGUUCCUUUGGCUGAAUUUGAUGCUGCAGAGCAAGAAAAGCUUGAGGCGCAGAAAUCUGUAGAUGUCUGUGUUUUUAGUGAUGCUUCCAAAGAUCAACUAGCAGCACAAGAAAAGUCAAAUGAUGGUCUCAUCCAUGCUGUUACUGUGACGGUAAUAGAAGGAGAAAGAGCUGUUACAAGUUUGGAAGAAAGAUCACCCUCCUGGAUUAGUGCAACAGUAACUGAGACGAUUGAGAAAGAAAAUGGACAUAUAGCGUUAGAAGGCAAAGAGGAAAUCACAACAGAGUUGAAAGUUGAAGAAAGUGUAAUUUUUAGUACAGUGUCACAUGUUGACUUGAAAACAACAAAUGAUAUAAUCAAUGAUGUGGAGUUAACAGCUGAAGCUAUUAUAGCCCUGGAAGAAGCUAUUGAAACCUCAUGUGCUGAAGAGACAACUGAAAUGGUAUCUGCUGUUUCUCAGCUUGGUGAAUCACUUCUCACUACUGAAGACACAACACCUGUACCAGAGGAAGAUGCAAGUACAAGAAGUUUAGAAAAGCAAAAGAAACACACUGACAAGAUUCUCCAAGAGGUUGCCGAAAAGGCAAAGCUGUCAGUUGAUGCACUUAUAGAGAGUAGCAGUUCAUUGCAAGGGACCUUUUCACUUUUCGAGAAAAUAGAUGUCAAAGAGCAAAGACAAGCUGAAGAUACUGAUCCUUUAGUUGAAACUGCUCAAGGUGAAGAAAACUGUACAGAAAAUAAAACUGUGGAAUUAGACUUUUGUCAGACAUCGGUAUGUGUAACUACAUUCACUGAAAAUACCCUUGAGAAAAGUAUUGUUCCCACUGAUGAAGGUGCCGCCAUCUUGCUUGAAGAACAUACUAAAGUAGAUUUUUCCAAAACAGUUGAUCAAAAUGCUAAAGAAUAUAUUUCCACUUUGAAUGAAACAAAUGUUGUUGAAGAGGAUCCUAUUGUGGCUGCAGAUCAUACAAAUGAAGAAAUUCUAUCAUUUGUUGAAAAACAAGGUGUUGAAUGUUUCCAGACCGCUGCUGAAAAGAAUACUGCUGUUGAAAUUGUCCCUGUUGUAUUCAAGGAGCAGGCUGACCAUGUUCUCACUGGUCCAGCAGAGAAAAAUGUUGAAGUUCCCUUUAUUCCAACUACAGGAUGCAGUGCAGGAGCCACCCCCCUUCUAGCUGAUGUUUUUGCGGUACAACAGGAAAAGGAUGUUUCCCCAAGUAAUGAACAACUUGAAAAUGUUUUGGUUCAUGAGAAGACCAGUAAACAUGAAAGUGUUUCCAUUUUGGACACGACUGAUGUAACCCUCAUUUCGGUUGAGCCUCAAACUGAGAAACAUAGCUCUUUUUUGAUUCAGGAGGAAAGUGAAAAAUUGUCCUUUUCUGAAGUACAAAGUUGCAAAUCUGUUGUAAUUUUAGCUCAGGAGGAGAAUGAAAAGUCUGCCGGAGUACCCACUUUAACUUACAACCAAGUUGAAGAAACAAUCUUGGUGUUAGCAGAGGAACAAACUGGUAAAGAUACAUCUAGCUUGUCAGACGAACCGGUUAAGGAUGCUGUCCCCACUGUGCCUGAAGAAAAGACUGAAGAAAGCACUUCUGUUUUAGAUGAAAAGGUUGCUGAUGUAGUAAAUUCCACUUUGGCUGAGAAUACAGCAAAGUGUGUCCCUAAACUAGCUGAGGAAAAAUCUGAUGUUUUACUGACUCUGGACCAAAGUGAUGAAGUUAUCUCAGUUUUGUCUGAGAAUCAGACUCAUGAUGGCAUCUCUGUUUUACCUGAGAAACCUUCUGUGGAAGUAAGUCCGAUUUUGACAGAUGAUGAUUUCCAUAAUGUCCCUGUUUCAAUUGAGGAAAAAGUUAAAGUUGUCCCUUAUUUAGGUUUAACUGGACCCGGUGGAGAUGCCCCUAUAUUUUUUGAAAAGCAAAGUGAUGAAGGCUUGCCUAUUCUAGUUGAGAAAUCUAAUGAAGAGGGAAGCAAUGUUUUGACUGUGGAAAAUGCGGACAUUGUUCAUGUUUUAGCACUGGAGCAAGUUGGUGAAAGUGCUGAUGUUUUAACUGAGAAAGAAACUGAUGAAUAUAUUUGUGUUUUAGCCAAGAAGCCUGUUGAUGAGAUAAGGUUAAAUUUGUCUGAGGAGCAGGCUGAGAAGGUCCCCAUUUUGACAAAAGAACAAGAUGCCCUGGAAUCAGUAUUGGACAAAGCUGACAAUGGUGUGCAUAUUCUUUUAGAUGAGAAGCCUGCUGUUGAAAUAAGUUCUGUUUUAACAGAAGAGAAGACUGAAAACCUUACUACUUUGAUUAAGGAAAAAGCUGAAAUUGUCCCUGAUUUAGCCCUGGAUCAAGCUAAAGAAAAUUCCCCUAUUGUUGAUGAUGAUGAUAAGCUAACUGAUGGAUCCAUCUCUUCUUCAGUAGAGUUGCUUGCUGAUGAUAUAAAGCCUAUUUUGAUUGCUGAACAAGCCAAGAAUGAUUCGGUUUUGUUUGAUGAAAACCCUGAAUUUAUUUCUAAUUUCUCUCUCAACAAAGCUGAUCAAAGUGCUACUAUAGUUGCUGAGAAGGAAACUGAUGAAAGUGUGUCUGUUUUACUUGAGAAGCCUGCUGAGGUAGAAAGCCCAAUUAUAACUGAUGAACAAGUUAAGGAAUCUCCUGUAUUCAUUGAGAUUGAGGAAAAAGCUGAAUUAGUUUCUGUUUUAGUUGAUCAAGUUGAAGGUAGUGUCCCUGAUUUGGCAGACAAAAAUGCUGACAUUUCACCAGUUUUGACCAAUGAUCAGAAUGAUGUAAAUUUUCUUGUAGGCGAGGAAAGCAUUAUUGAUAAAAAGUUAGUUAGUAAAGAAAGUGAGGUAACCUUGGCUGAGGAGCAGAAUGGUGACAUUACCCUAGUUUUGACUCAAGACCAAUCUGGUGAAAGUGAACACGUUUUGGUUAAAGAAGAAAAGGAAACUCUUAUUUCAGCUGUAGAGCAGGAGCAAGUAGCGAAUCAAACAACCAAAGUAAGCUUGCCUGAUUUUACAGGGUUGGCAACAGAAGCAAAUCUACUCAUUACCUCUUCAGAUACAGAGCAAACAGAAAGUGUAUUUGUUUUCACUGAUAAAAAGGUUGCUGUGGAACAGUCUUUGAAAUUUACUCAGGAAGAAUGCACCCUUGAUUUAGAAGAGCAAUUCUCUGGAGAAAGUACCACUUUUUCAACUGAAAAGCAGCAUUAUGAUGAGUCUUCUCUUUCUAGUGAGAAAGAUACCAAUGUUUCAGCUGAAGAAUGCAGUGUUUUAUUAGUCCAGAGGGAUGUUGCAAGUUCCUUUAUAUCUGUAGAAAAAGAAAGUUCUGCUGCUGGAGAUGUAGUAGAGAAAGGAGAGAAUGUCCAGGAUGAGCAAGAGUCCAUUGAAAGUGAUGUUAUGUUUAAGAAAGACAAAGAAAGUGUUAAUGUUGAAACAGAACAAAUAGUAAGUGACAGCACACCUGAGCCUGCAGAGAAACACAUUUUGGAAAGCAUAGUGGAAAAAAAAGAAACCAUUGAAAUCUCUGUUUCAUUGGAAGCGCAGACUGAAAACACUAUCCCUAUCGUGCCAGAGGAGGAAAAUGUCCAGGUCCCUAAUGUGCUUGCAAGUCUCACAGAUACUAUAGAACCAGUUGAGGACCAACACUUAGAGAGUGCUUUUAUUGAUAAUGACCAAGCUAAUGAGACAGAAAUAAACAGCACACCCACCCCUUUGAAUAAAAUAGAAAAUUCAGGGGAAUCCGAAAUGAAAGUUAAAACUGAAAGAGAACUUAAACAAUGUGAUGAAUCAAAAAGUGUAGCUUAUGUGAGCCUUCAUUCCUCUGUAGUGGAAGGGGAGCUUGAAAAAGUGGGAGUGGAAGUUGUCACUACCAAUAUUCCUGAACUUGAAAGCUCUGAGGCUAACAAAGCAUCUGAGCCAGUUGCCGCUGCAGCAGUUGAAGAACCGGUCUUAGCAGAAACUGUGAAACCUAUUGAAACUUCACAAAAUGUACAACUCUUUCAAAGGUCUGAAAAUGCAAAUAUCAUCCCCUCUGAAGAGUAUGUGGUCAGCUCUGGAACUCUGCACACAGUUGUUGAAUCUAUCUCUCAAACAGCAGCUGCAAUUGUUGAUGCAACAAUAGAAGCAGCUGCUGGUUGUAUGAUUGUCGAUGCCGUCAGCUAUGGUGGUGAACUAGAGGAGAAAACUGGAACUGAAAACGGUAUUUCUGUUUCUUGGGAAGAUGAACCAACUGUGCAAAAAGUAGAAGAUGAAACUGUCCAAACCAUUUCCAUUGAAUCACACAGUUCUACCAUUGUGCAAAAAAUAAUUGAAACUGCAGUGGAAAAAGUUGUAAACAGUGUCCAAGACAAUGACUGUGACAAUAUUCUAAAAUCUCAAAAUCUAGAAGAGAACAUAUCUGAAGUCCAACAAACUGUACUAAUUUCUUCUUGUAAAGAAAUAGACAUUGAAUUGAAACAGGACUGUCAUCCAUCUUCAUCAGAUUCUUGUAUAUCUAUUACCAAUCUAGAUGUUGGGCAAGUUGAAAAGGAAAUCAUUUGUGAAUCUGUAAAAUUUGUCAGUACAACAGCUUACAGAGAACACCAGGAGGUAUUUGGUGGUGAUGAGUCCCGAAAAGAAGUGUUUGUCAUCAGAGAUGAAUUAGAAACUAAAGGAAAUGCUGGUGAAGAUCUUGUUGAUCAAAAGACACUGGAACCUGAAACAGGGAAUGAACAGUCAGCACCAGAUUGUGAGUCAGUACAGUUAUGCGAUUUGGUUGAUCAAAUAUCAACAGAGACUGUCCAGAUUAUCCAAGCAGAAAUCAAACCAAAUGCCCCAUCUCUUAUACCGGAAGAACAGACACCUUCUCAGGAUGAUUGUUUAGCUGUAAAAACAGAAGAAAUAGCACAGAAUGUGGAGUCAUGAGUUUUAAAGUAAGUUUUCAGUUCACCUGUCAGUUAGAAAAUUUAGAAUAUUCACCACUGCAUUUCAUUUAUUUAUAAUUGAAUUUAGGUAAUGUAGAGUUCACAUAUAUUAAAUAUUUAUACUACUCUCUUAACAUGUUAUUGUGACACAAAAAGGGGGAACGAAUAGGUAAUUAAGCUAUUAUUUUUUUUUUUACCACUAUUGACUUAUAGUCAGCUAUAUUCACACUCUAGACUGUGUGCCCCUUGAGUCAUCUCUACCGCUGUGGGUAUACCUGGGAGGACUUUUUGAGUAAUAGCCGCUGGCUCUUUACCCUCUUAGUCCUCUGAGGAAUUUUUCUUCUAUUUUAAUUAAUUCAGGGUUUAUGACCGUCAUUACCCACUUAAUUCUUUUAUUUGGUGACUUUAGGGUCAUGCUUUGACUGACCCCUAAGCCUUCAUUUUUCGUUUGUUUUUAAUUAAGCUAUUAGUCGAUGAAAUCAAGACUGAACCAGUAAUUUCUUUAAUAAAAUAUUUUGGCUUGUUAUAGUUUACAGUGUUUUAACCCUUUCCUGGUUACAAGAGUGUCUACACUAUCUUAUUGUUUUUAGACUGGUCCAUUAUUCCAUGUCAUUUUUGGUCCUCCAAAUUGUGUGCAGAAGUCUUUCGGUCUGUAUUCCUCUUUAUCAUAUAACUUUCUCCAAUUGUAAAUGAAAGAGAUCAAUGCAGAAACCUUAUAGAGUUAUUCACCUAAGUGAGAAUUUAAAGUAGAUUUGCAAAUUUAAGGUCAAACUCGCUGAAUUGUAAACAUUCUGUAAGUCAGGUAUGCUUUCAGUCAGGGCCGGACUGUGAAAAAAAUUUGGCCCAGGCAUUUAUCAAUCACAGCGGCCCCCUGAGAAGGGGGCGAGGCCGGAGAGGGUGUGUUUUGUCAUCACUAAUGCCAAGCAUGCCUCCUCCUAAAGUGAGAAUAUUGGUUUAAUGUGCAGAGCCCCACUGAAAAGCUCUAGCAUGAGAAAAAGGCCCUGUAUUUGUUCUGCGCAGCACACGCAAAUUUAAUAACAUGCUUGCGCUGUGUUUGCUUUUAACUUGUCUCUGGUGUCUCCAAAAGUGGGAUAUCAGAGGACAAAAGGGCCAGGAAAGCGUAUCUUGCAUGUGUUUGGAGCCUGCUUGUGGGAUUGCACGUGUGUAGAGUGAGUUGAUUGUGGUGUGGUAUUCUGUAAAAAGGUCGAUUUCAUUUGUAUUAGUGGUUUAAUAUGUGUGGUUAGUGUGUGUGUAUAGAGGGCAUAGUGUGUAUAAGAGAUGUAGCGAGUGUGUGCAUACAGGUUGUAGUGUGUGUGUGUGUGUGUAUAGGUGACAUACUGUGUGUAGGGGUUGUAGAGAGUGUGUGUUUGGAGCAGGGGUUCCCUAUAAAUUUUUCCUGUGGAACCCACUCUCUCCAUCCCCCUGUCCCCCCUGUAAAAGUAGAAAGUUUGUAUAUGCCUGUGUGUGUAUCUGUGUGUGUGUAUAUGUAUCUGACACACAGAUACACACCACAUAGUGGAACACAGAUACACACACUGACACAGAUACACACACCUUGACACACAGUGUGUGUGUGUAUGUAUGUAUCUGUGUGUCAAGGGGUGUGUAAGUGUGUAUAUCUGUGUUUGUAUGUGCCGCUGUGUGUCAAGGUGUGUGUAUCUGUCUUUGUAUGUGCCAGUGUGUGUAUCUGUGUGUAUGUGUAUGUAUCUGAUGCACACACACACACACACACACACACACACACUGGCACAUAGUGGCACACAGAUACACACAUUCAGAUACACAUACACACACUCAGAUGCACACAGUGACACAUACACACAUCUUGACUCACAAAAACACACACACUCAGAUACACCCAGUUACAUAUACACACACUUGCACCCACAGAUAUACACACUGGCACAUACACACACUCAGAUACACGUAUUGACACAUAUGCACAGUGUCAGAUACACACACACUGACAUACACACACACACUCAGAUAAACACAAUGACACAUACACAAACCUUGACACACAGAUACACACAUUGUCACACACUCAGACACAUAUACACUCUCACUGACAAACACACAUACUCUUUGACACACAUACAAACACAAGUACACUCUCACUGACGAGCACAUUUACAUUCUCACUGACAAACACAUACACACACACACUCACUGACAAACACCAAUACACUCUGUGACAAACACACAUACAAUCUCACUGACAAGCAGUCCCUGGGGUCCAGUGGGGCUGCUGGGCUGAGCGGCUGGUAUUCGGUCCCUGGGGUCCAGUGGGGCUGCUGGGCUCAGCAGCUGGCGUGCUGACCCUGGGGUCCAGUGGGGCUGCUGGGCUGAGCCGCUGGUGUGCGGGCGGCGAGGGAGCAGUGAUCUUUCUAAGUGACGUCAUAUUCUGGCUCCAGCAUCACUGCGAUGCGCGCGAGGGAGCGGAGCAGGGGAGAGUGCUCCCUCACCGCCCGUCUAUUAUCAGCGGCGGCCAUUUUGUUUCCAGAAAUUACGGCGGAACCCCAUUUGUGUUCUCGCGGAAACGCUGGUUUAGAGAAUGUAGUAUGUGUUUGCUUACAAGGAAUGUAGUGUGUGCAUAGGGGAUCCAGAGUUUGUAUGUCAGAAAUGUAGUGUGUGUAGGUGGUGCAGUGUGUAGGGGAUCUAGUGUGUGUGUGUGUGUGUGUGUGUGUGUGUGUGUGCCCCUUCUUACCUUUUGCCUGGGAGAGGGGGGCCGUGCUGCCAUCCCUGAUGGUCCUAGUGGUGAGUAAACUCUAUCCUGCCGGGCUCGAGUUCACUCUUGUGAGAUAUGAGCAUUGCUGUGGUAACCGCAGCAACGCUCCGACCUCACAAGUGGAACCCGGCGGAGCUGCAGGUUAGAGCUCCACCGCGUCCUGUCUCCCUCUCCAGCCGGCAGGCCGCAUGUGACGUGACUGCCUGUGGGAAGGUGAGGGAGAUCUCGGAUCUUCCCACCGGCCCAUGAAGGCAGACAGCAGGGCCGGUGCUCAGAUAGCAUAGGCCGACAAGGGAAAGCCUGUGAUCUCCCCUGCCGGCCCGCGGCCCACCAGGCAUUUGCCGGGUAUGCCGGAUGGCCAGUCCGGGCUUGCUUUCAGUUCAGCUACUCUUGCGUAUAAUUCACUUUGAAUUCUCACUUUAGUAAAUAACUCUGUAAAGGGACACUAUGGUCACCAAAAAAACAACAACUUAUAUUAUUUGUUCUGGUGAGUAGAAUCAUUCCCUUCAGGCUUUUUGCAGUAAACACUGUCUUUUCAGAGAAAAUGCAGUGUUUACAUUACAGCCUUGUUAUAACUCUACUGGCCACUCCUCAGAUGGCUACUAGAGGUGCUUCCUGGGGCAGUGCUGCACAGUAUUCAGUGUCUCCAAAAUCUGCAUGCAGACACUGAACUUUACUCAUAGUGAUGCAUUGAUUUAAUUAAUAUCUGAUGAGAUAGUGAUUGGUCUGGGCUAUGUUUGGUUCUGUCCUGAUCUUCCUCUUUCACAGUCUCAGCUAAUCCUAUGAGAAAGCAUUGUGAUUGGCUCACAUAAUCACUUCUGAUGAUGUCAGACAUUCAGGCAGGUCAGAGGCAGAGCCAGCAGCAGCAGGCUUGAAAACAAGUAAGAUUUUACUAUAGGGAGGCAAGGACAGAGGUAGAGGGGGCUAGAUUAUGGUUUUAGGAAUACUUUAUUUGUGUUCCUGAUUCUAUAGUGUUACUUUAAAUGUCCCAAGUAAUGCUUUUUUUUCUCCAUCCAUUCACAGUGCAUCAUGUUCAAACAAGGACAAGAAUGCGAAAGCUGCAGAAUUUGCCAUAGAAGUGGAAGUUGUAUAGAGACCAAGCCAACAACCAUUGACUAAAUUCCAACACUAGAUUUACUCCAUCAGUCUGGUUUGACAAUCCUGAGGUGUCAUCAGGAGCUUUAUCCAGAAUCGUUACUCUACUUAUGAAAUGCUCUUCUCAAGGCUCCUAUUUGUUCUUGUUUUUUAAGGCCAAGUCAUGGUGGGUGGAGAAGUAGGUUCAAAUAUCACUUUUACCUUUCUAAGGUAAUCGAUGUCCUAAAUUUAUCAAGGCUUUUAAUGUUUGUUUGAUUAAUAUAACAUUGUAAAUGGCUUUCUGGAAACUGCCCGUGUUCCUUGUUACUAUCUCAAACUUUUGUCCAGAACUGGAGUAAGACUUGUGUACUAAUAUGUUUCUCUCAAAUCUGUUUGCGCAUUAUACUGUAUAUAUCCUUUCAAAUAUAUACAUAUUAAGAGGAAGAAAACAGCAAACUAACCAGCUGCACAUUGCCUGUUAAUGUAUUUUCAUGCAUGUGAUCAAAAAUAAUUCUCCAGCUCCUAACUAUCGAGCAAUAGUGCUCCUGUAACCACAGGCUUGAAGUAAUAUACUGUAGGUAAAGAUUUCAUUUCUGUUUGCUGUAUUUUUGACUCCUAAACAACAUUUCUUGUUUAAGGAAACAAACUGUAGAAUCUGUUGUUUACAGUGACAUUUAAAUUAUUACCCAAAGUUAUUAUAAAUAAUACAUACAUAUAUUAAGUGCACUAUAAAUUUUUUAUUAUAGCACAUUUUGAAGUUUUUUCUUUAUUGGUUUAUUUUUUUUGUUUCUGUUACAUGUCACACAAAUGAUCUGUGUAUCUGUGUAGGUGUAAAUUGCACCUUUAUUAUCUACCGGUGACAAAGAGUGACUUGCUCAUGAAAAGAUUUUGCUUUUUUUUUGCCUUUUUAAAAUGUUUGUAUUCCUAUCUGCUGGUUCUCACAAUUGAAGUGAGGAAUUCUCCAAAUCAUUGUUUCUACAGAUUUUUUAAUUAGCCGUUUCUUACCACCUAGUAAGGCUUACAUUUUUUAAAUGUGUUUCUUUAUGCUUAUGUACAUUUUGCUAUAUUGUAAUUUCUAAACUAUAUAAGUUUAAAUAAAGUCUUUGCUUAUUAUUCAAGUUUUAACGCCUCACUCAAGGGUCUGGUAUAUGUGGUGCCUUAUAGUUUGGUAUGCAGUUACUACACUGAUUAGGCAGGAUUGUCUUGUAAUAUGAAGAAAAACAAUUAAAGGAUUUAUGUCCUAUUUGCCUUAUUUUCCACUUUGUAAUCUGUUCACCC